AUGUGCGACUCGCCCACUGAAGAAGACGCGCGCGCUGAGCAGUUGGCCUACUUGCGCCAGCUCAUGGCUCUGGAGCAACGCAACAGAGCUAAGCGCGAGGCUCGCUCUCCAUCGGUCUCCUCUUCAUCAUCCGAAGAAGACAAGCCAACCUCAAAGACCAAGUCAAAGGCCAAGACCAAUGGUGUCAAGCAUGUUCUUGUCAACGGUAAAGGUCGAAAGCAGGCUGAGAAUGGCGCCGCCGAUAAUGACAAUCCGGAAGACAAGCCCGAGGACGAGGAGCUUUACAAACCAGGAAUGAAGAACGGUCUAAAGCACUUGUACUCCGGAAAGGAAGACAAAAAGGGCCGCUUUCAGUGGCAAGAGGAGAUCCCCGAAGACCUUGGAGAAGCCGUCGAGAACGACGAGACCGCGAAGUGGGCGUUGCUCGUGCGGAACGUCAAGGUUUACAACGAUCCCCGACGAGUAUUGUCUAUUCACUCGAUUGUCGUCCAGAGCCCGCUGCUGAAGAAGCUGCUCGCUGGUGUACUGAAGAACUACCCGGGUGUCACCGUCGGCCUCAACCGUCUCGAGUUCCAGGGCAAGUUUGAGCCACUGAUUCAUCGAUGGACUGAGUUGCAGGACGCUAUUGCCAAGCUUGGCGACGAGACAGAGGAUAAGCGCACGACCAAAGCCCACGCUGAGUUGCUCCAAGACAUUCUCACCAAGGAAUUCAAGAGCAUGAUUGAUACCUCCCAGGACAUGAAGAACAAGAAGGUUAUGACAUACGAACACCUUUGGACGCUGUAUCAACCUGGGGCGACUGUUUUCGCUCGACAGGAUGGUCAAGAGACGGCCAUGAUUCUAGUCGAGACGCGCUAUGGACAAGAUUGCAAGGGUGCACCCUGCUUUUGGCUGACUUGCAAGUACGUCGAUUGGGAUGGCGCCAAAUUCGGUUCCAACAAGAUCAACCUCUCCAUCGCCGCCUAUACCGGUACACGCGCUAUCACCAAUCUGCGGGUCUACCCCAUCGAGUUCCAUCCCGAGGGCGAAGCUAUCCGCACUCGCCUCAUUGAACGGGGUGCCAAAGCAGAAACUCUCGCUGGUCCGAACUAUAGAGCAUACCAGGGUGUUGCAUGGAGGCAGGGUGGAUUCGGGAAUAAAGACAAGUAUAACGUGAAGGGUCGUAUAAUCAUCGAUACCUACGGCUGGAACCGUUUCGACCCCACUCAUUCGGUCUUUGUAACGCCACUGAACCAGAAAGAUCCUAGCCCGCCACCAAUCCCGCCUAUCCCGGGGCAGUACGACGAGGAAGAGAUUGACGAGUGCCAGGAUGAGUUCGAAGACGAAGACGACAGUGGCAUGCCAUUGGACGGCGCAUUUGCCGACGAGGAUGAUGCAGCCAAACACGUGCCCUUGACAACUGAACAGAAGCUCAUCUGCACACCUCUACUUCGUGGUUAUAGCCUGAAGAACAAGCUUUGGCUGAACUUCUUCGUAAACUGCGUUAAAGACAUUGAGUGGCAAGACGACGCUUUCGAUAGGUUGGUGCUCCCAAAGAACCAGAAAGAGCUUAUCUUAGGCUUCACGGAGUCUCAACGGAAGUUCCGCGAUACGUUUGACGACGUGAUCGAAGGUAAAGGCAAAGGCAUGAUUAUCCUACUCUGCGGCCCACCCGGCGUGGGUAAGACUCUCACUAGCGAGUCAGUCGCCGAAGAAAUGAAGGUGCCUCUCUAUAUGAUGAGCGCCGGCGAUCUUGGCUUCGAUCCCAGGAAGGUAGAGACCAAGUUGCAAGACAUCCUCGAGAUGUGUAGCCGAUGGAACGCGGUCCUCCUCCUCGACGAAGCCGACGUUUUCUUGGAGCAGCGCUCUCUCCACGAGCUCGAGCGCAACAAACUCGUCUCUAUAUUCCUUCGCGUCCUAGAGUACUACGAAGGCACCAUGUUCCUCACGACCAACCGCGUCCAGACCUUCGACCCGGCUUUCCAAUCGCGCAUCCACAUCUCGCUCGACUACCCCGGUCUCACCAUCGACUCGCGCAAGACGGUCUGGAAGAACUUCCUCGAUUCGUCGUCGCAGGAACACACCAUUUCCAAGGCUGAACUCACGGAGCUGGCGCGUAUGGAUCUGAAUGGUCGGCAGAUUAAGAAUAUCCUCAAGAUUGCUAGGUUGUUGGCUAGUCGCAAGGAGGAGAAGCUUAGUCGGGAGCAUAUCACUACUACCAUGGAUGUUACCCAGCAUCUUCAUAACGAGACUCAGUUUAGUGAGCGUACUAAGGGGACUUUGUAUGGUUAG